CGGGGCCCGCGCUCGACCGCCUGGAAGGCUUAUCCGCUCGGCUUGGCGCGCUAUAUAAGCGCGGCCGAAGGCCCGAGUCGCUCACCCAUCCACAUCCCCGUAGAUCCCACGCCCACCCUCUCAGUCUCACUCUAGGUAGCGUCCAUCUUGCUCGACGCAUCAGCUGGAUUCAGCUCACAGUUCAGCGCAGCUCAGCUCGAUCCAUCCGAGAACCGAUCCCAUGUCGACGACGGCGUCCAACCACAACCUGGCCGGCAUGUGGUUCGGCGAGCUGGCCUCGGCGCUGCAGGGGAGAUGGCAGGAGAUGGCGGCCAGCCACGGCGAGCAGCGACCGCGCCGCCAGCAGGUGAAGCUGGGCGGCGGUCUUGGCGAGAGGAACAAGAAGGCGGUGGCGGAAGGAGCGGCCGGCAACGGGCGGAAGGCGACGGAGGAGGAGGACGACGACGACGUCGGGAGGUGCGGCGGCACCAUGUCCGACGCCACGGUCCGCCUGCUGUUCGACCGGUUCGCGCCCAGCUGAUCCGUCAUCGCCGCCGCCGCCGCAGCUUGCCCGGCGUCGCCAUGGCGAUCCAACGAUCGGUCCGUGCGUGCGGUCGUGCGGAUCUGUACAGGCGGAAGAAACACCAUGGUUGUACAUAUAUAAAUGCCAAUCUUGCUGCCCA